AUGUCUAAGGUGAAAGCUAACGAAGAUGAGAUGGCUUCAAAUGUGUGUCGGAUUGGAGAAGAGUUGGAAGAAAGCAGAGAAGAGAAAGCUCAGAUAAAGGAGAAGCUUGAGUUCAUGGGAGAAGCAAAAGAAGCUUUAGAAGCUGAGAUGAAGACGCUCGGAGUUCAAACCGAGCAGUGGAGGAAGGCAGCUGAUGUUGCAGCUGCGGUCAGCAGACAAGUGUUUGUAGGUGGUGGGUUGUUUGACCAGAGUGAGGUGGUUGGGUUCAUGGAUGAUGAUGAUACUGAAGAUGAAUUAGGAAGUGGGAAUAGAAAGAGGAAGAGUUCAUGGAUGAAGAUGUUUGGUGACUUGUGGAAAAAGAAAGGGCACAAGUGA